AUGAACGGCUCCAACAUCAAAGACACAGACUUGCCCACUGGCAUCGAUGCCUUGCGACAGGCCAGCAUCGCCGCCCACAUGGGCGCGAUAACCACAGGGCCACAGUAUUCCGGAGUGCCGGCCACACACAUUUUACAGCCCCUCUCUCCUCCGAGGUACAAUAAUGUCGACACGCAUUUUUAUUCCAGCCUGUCACCGAGCGACGCCGGACAUGAUUCGCAGCAGAUGUUGGGACGACUCGAUUACUACAUGCAAAGCCCCGACCACGCUGCCGACAUGGCGGCCAAGGAGGAGAGGCGCAAACGCAACACCGCUGCCAGUGCACGGUUCCGCGUCAAGAAGAAACAGCGGGAACAGGCCUUGGAACGGAAGAUGAGUCAAGUCCAGGACCGCAACGCAAAACUGGAGGAGAAAGUGAAUCAGCUGGAGAUGGAGAACAAGUGGCUGAAGGAUCUAAUCACGGAGAAGAACAAGAGACCAGCGAGCGAGUACGGAGAUGGCGACGACGAUCUGGAGGCGUUGGCACAUGGGCGUAUGGUUGUUAACGGGACAAGCGGAACCGACCACGACGGAUAG